CAGGGGAUCCUUGCCCGUCUAGCACACCUCCAAAAUUCCCUUAAAAUUCCACAAAUCCAACACCAACACUAGCCGAAAUCCCCAACAAUGUUCCCAAUUCCACCAACAGCGCUUCUCCUCCUCCUUCUCCUCUACUCCGCAGCUCCAUCCACCGCCCUCGACUUCAUCUUCAACUCCUUCCCCGCCUCCGCCGCCGCUAACUUCACCUUCGUCGACCACGCCCGCAUCGACCCUCCCGUCAUCCGAUUCACCAACGACUCCGAGGAUCUCUCCAACGGCCGCGCCUUCCUCCCCUUCCCAAUCCCCUUCCGAAUCCCCAAUUUUCCCGCCAACGCCACAACGACGUCUUUUUCCACCCAAUUCGUCUUCUCCAUCCUCCCCCAAAUCGCCGACAGCCCCGGCUUCGGCCUCGCCUUCGUCCUCUCCAACUCCACCACGCCGCCGCGCGUCGUCACCGGCCAGUACUUCGGCGUCUUCUCCUCUCCCCCCCGCACCGUCGCGCCGCUCGUCGCCGUCGAAUUCGACACGGGGAGGAACACCGAAUUCAACGAGGUCAACGGGAAUCACGUCGGCGUCGAUCUCAACAGCGUUUUGUCGGAGGCGACGGCGCUAGCUGGCUAUUACGAUUCCGAUUCCCAAUUUGUGGAAAUCGAUAUGAGGAGUGGGCAGAAUGUCCACGCCUGGAUCGAAUUCGACGGCCCGGGAAACGAAAUCAACGUCACGAUCGCGCCGGCCGGAGUUCCCCGCCCGGCGACGGUUUUGCUGAGCUACAAGAAUCCGGCGGUGGCGGACUACAUCGCGGCGGAGAUGUUCGUCGGGUUUUCAGCCUCGAAAACAGAGUGGGUUGAGGUGCAGAGGCUCUUAGCUUGGAGUUUCAGCGAUGAAGGAAUUGCUAAGGAUAUAAACACCACCGUUUUGCCGGUUUUCCGCCCCGGGAAUUCGGGUGGAUCUUCGCUAUCGGAAGGGGCGGUUGCAGGGAUCGCGGUGGUGGCGGUGGUGGCGGUGGUGGCAGCAGCAUUGCUUGUUUCUUGGAUUUGGUGGAGAAAGAGUGGAAGCUUUGAUGAAGAGGAUGAUGACAUUGAGGAUUGGGAGAUGGAGUAUUGGCCUCAUAAAUACUCUUACGAGGAGCUCACCGUUGCUACGAAGGGCUUCUCGAGCGAACAAUUGCUCGGGUCGGGUGGUUUUGGGAGGGUUUAUCGAGCUACAUUGGCUGGCAACGACGCGGACAUGGCGGUCAAGUGCGUGAGCCAUGACUCGAAGCAGGGGUUGCGAGAGUUCAUGGCCGAGAUCUCGAGCAUCGGGCGGCUACAGCACAAGAAUCUAGUGCAGUUGAAAGGGUGGUGUAGGAAGAAGAAUGAGCUCAUGCUUGUUUAUGACUUCAUGCCUAAUGGGAGCCUCAACAAUUGGAUUUUUCACAAUCCGAGGAAGUUGUUGGGUUGGGAGGGGAGGAAGUUGGUUCUUGCUGACGUGGCAGAGGGGUUGAGCUACCUUCACCACGGGUGGGACCAGGUGGUGGUCCACAGGGAUAUCAAGUCGAGCAACGUGCUGCUAGACGGUGACCUGCGGGGGAGGGUGGGCGAUUUUGGGCUGGCGAAGCUGUACACGCACGGGCAGGUGCCUAGCACGACUCGGGUGGUGGGGACGCUGGGGUACUUGGCGCCUGAGGUGGCGACGCUGGCGUCCCCGACUGCAGCCAGUGAUGUUUAUAGCUUUGGGGUCGUGGUGCUGGAGGUGGCGUGUGGGCGGAAGCCUAUUGAGAUGGGCGUGGAGGAUGAGGAAGAGUUGUUGAUAGACUGGGUGAGGCGGAGGUACUUGGAGGGGAGGAUAUUGGAGGUGGCGGACGCGAGGAUUGAGGGGGAGUACGGGGCGGGGGAGAUGGAGGCCGUGUUGAAGCUUGGGCUGUCGUGUUGCCACCCUGAUCCGGGACGGAGGCCUACUAUGAAGGAGGUGACGGCCGUGUUGUUGGGCGAGCGCACGGAGAUGGAACCGAGGGAUAUGCUAUUUGGAUUGACUCCGAAGCAUAGCAUGAUUGAUAGAGAUGAAGAUGAAGAUGAAAAUGAGCAAGAAAAGGUGUUAUUGCCUCAAUAAAAGGUGUUGUGUAUAUAUAUAGUUUUAUUGUGUAAAUUGAAUGUAUAAGGUUCAUGAUAUUGUUGUUAUAUCAUAUAGUAGUACUUACUUAGGAUUUUUCCAUUCAUGUACAAAGUGCUUCGUUACAUUUCCUUAUGAACUAUGAUACCCGGUGCUAUGUCUAAGUUCUUUCUUGUUGGAA